CAACGUGAAUAUCGAUAAAACCAAGUAAACUAAAAAUCGAUGAAAGGGUAGUAAAUAUCCCGUGAAAAUAUGGAUAUUUGUUUUCAAUAUCAGAAAAAAAGAAGUGAAUUCGGUAGACAGUGUAUAUUUUCCGACAAAGGACCCGACAUCAUCGAUAAUUAUCCUUCAAAUAAAAAACUAUCAAAAGAGUUCAUAUCAAGAGAUCCAGUGUCACGUUCGCAACAAUGCGCCCCGAUUCUAUCAGAACACCAUCUGAAUACCAUGAGAGCAGAAUUUGCAAACAGCGGCGUAAAUCAUUUCGAAGGUGGUUGGCCGAAAGAUAUCAACCUCGCCGAUGAAGAACAAACCAAAAGAUACAGAAGAAAAAUCGAAAAAGACGAACAGUUUUAUCACGUGAUGAUGGCAUUAUUCAAAAAUAUGGAAGGUUGUAUUUUACAGAACAACGCCGUUAAUAUUUAUCAACAAUAUUUUUCCGAUAUAGAACAAACUCCUUUUGUCGAAAGAAGUUCCGCAAGAACGGUUAACGUCUAUCAAGAUCAAAGUACUCCCACUAGACCGGUUACCCAUAUAUCUUGGUCGCCGGAUAAUCAAAAAAAAUUAGCCGUAUCUCAUUGUAACUUAGUAUUUCAAUCGGUUGUAGCCAAACAGGCUAACGUUUCUUAUAUUUGGGAAGUAGAAAAUCCAAACAGACCUUUGUACACUUUGAAACCCGAGCAAUCCAUAGUAUGUCUGGAAUACAACCAGAAAGAUCCGAAUAUCCUUGUCAGUGGUCAAACGAAUGGUCAAGUAGCUUUAUGGGAUGUCCGAAAAAGUAUAGAACCAGUUGAUAUGUGUGCAAGAGAAAGUAGCUUUAUAGAUCCAGUAUUGAAUGUACUAUGGAUAAAUUCCAAAACUGGAACGGAAUUUUUUAGCUCGUCUAGUGAUGGACAAAUAAAAUGGUGGGACACCAGAAAACUUUCCGAUCCAACAGACACUCUUCUCCUUGAUUAUUCUAAAGACGAAGAACAAAACCUUUCUAACGCCCUAGGUGCUUCCGUUUUAGAAUACGAAAGUACCAUUCCAACUAGAUUUAUGGUCGGAACCGAGCAUGGUGCCGUAAUAUCCGGCAAUAGAAAAGGAAAAACGGCGUUAGAAAAGAUUGCUCAAAGAAUUCCCAACGCUCAUUUGGGACCUGUAUUAGCUCUUCAAAGAAACCCGGCAUUCCCAAAAAAUUUCUUAACUGUAGGAGAUUGGACGGCCAAGAUUUGGUCUGAGGAUUGCAGGGAAAGUUGCAUCAUGUGGACAAGUUUCCAUAAAUCUGCAUUAACUGAUGGAGCUUGGAGCCCCACAAGACUUUCCGUAUUCUUUACAACAAGAUCAGACGGUACACUCGACGUUUGGGAUAUUCUGCAACAACAAAAACAAGCAAGUCUCAGCGUUAAAAUAUGCGACGUGAAACUAACACGUAUAAAGGCACACGAUCACGGUAAACUCCUUGCUCUUGGAAACCAAAACGGUACGGUGUCUUUGGUGGAGUUGAGCGAGAAUCUUUCUGCAUCAGUCAAAAACGAUAAAAUGCUAUUGACAUCCAUGCUCGAUAGAGAAGCUCGCCGAGAAAAGAUACUUGAAGCUCGGAAUCGAGAAAUUCGAUUGAAACAAAGACAAAGGCAGCCUUGUCCGAAAGAAGAUAGAGAUGAGGGCAACGGCGACGAUAGAGAUGACGCGGGUUUUGGAAAGGAUAGUUUAGUAAAAGCAGCAGAAGAAGAAUUUUAUAAUACCAUCGAAAAAGAAAUAGCAAAGACGAAAGACAUUGAGGAUCAACCAGAAGAAGGAGAAAAAGAUCAAAAUAUCAAAGAUGGGAUAAAUAAAAUAUCUACAACAGAAGAAGCUACAAAUACUCAUUAA